CAUAAAUUUUCCUCAAACAUAACAUCGUUAAACUAGAAAACAACCUUAACAUCCAAAAUAUGAUUCCUGGUUAUUUAAAAUACAAUCACUAUAUAGUAUGACACAAAAACGAUGCGCGGGAAGUUUAUCUUGAGACAGUUACACAGCAGCAACUUUCAACUUCAACGACCCACCAAUUUUCCGAAACCCCAUCUGAAAGAGAAAGACUCACACAUUGUGAAAUGCACCAAAGCCAUCUCUACCCACAUGCGCAAUGGCCACUGCGACUUGGCUCUCCGAGUCUUCAACACCAUGCCGCUUCGAAACUCGGUCUCCUACAACGCCAUGAUAUCUGGGUACCUGAGGAACGCAGAGUUCUCCCUUGCAAGGGACCUGUUUGACAGAAUGCCCCACAAAGACCUGUUUUCCUGGAAUCUAAUGCUUACUGGCUACCUCAGGAACCGCAGACUCCGUGAUGCUCGCGUGAUGUUUGACUCAAUGCCCGAAAAGGAUGUUGUUUCCUGGAAUGCAAUGCUGUCUGGGUAUGUCCGGAGUGGGCACGUUGAUGAGGCAAGGGAAGUUUUUGAUAAGAUGCCUCACAAGAAUUCCAUCUCGUGGAAUGGGUUGCUUGCAGCAUAUGUUCGGAGUGGGAGACUCGAGGAGGCCAGUCACUUGUUUGAGUCCAAGUUAGACUGGGAAUUGAUUUCUUGGAACUGUUUGAUGGGUGGGUAUGUGAAGAGAAACAUGUUAGGCGAAGCUAGGCUUCUUUUUGAUCAAAUGCCUAUUAGGGAUGUGGUUUCCUGGAAUACCAUGAUUUCAGGUUAUGCACAGGAUGGAGAUUUGUCACAGGCUAGGAGAUUAUUUGCGGAGUCUCCAGUAAGGGAUGUUUUCACGUGGACAGCAAUGGUGCAUGCCUAUGUGCAGAAUGGAUUGUUGGAUGAAGCGAGGACAGUUUUCGAUGAAAUGCCACAGAGAAGAGAGAUGUCGUACAAUACAAUGAUUGCUGGUUAUGUGCAAUACAAGAGAAUUGACAUGGCAAGGAAAUUGUUUGAUGCAAUGCCUUUUCCAAAUACAGGUUCGUGGAAUAUCAUGAUAAGCUGUUAUUGUCAGGGGGGUGAUGUAGCACAAGCAAGGAACUUGUUUGAUGCGAUGCCUGAGCGUGAUUCUGUAUCUUGGGCAGCUAUUAUUGCUGGUUAUGCUCAGAAUUGUCACUAUGAAGAAGCUAUGAACAUGCUUGUGGAGAUGAAACGAGAUGGAGAAGGUUUAAAUAGAUCUACCUUUUGUUGUGCGCUGAGCACAUGUGCUGAUAUAGCUGCUUUGGAGUUAGGGAAACAAGUUCAUGGUCAGGCGGUGAAGACAGGGUAUGAGAACGGAUGUUUAGUGGGGAAUGCACUUGUUGGAAUGUAUUGUAAAUGUGGCUGCAUAGAUGAAGCUUAUGAAGUGUUUCAAGGAAUACAACAUAAAGAUAUCGUCUCUUGGAACACAAUGUUAUCUGGUUAUGCUAGGCAUGGAUUUGGCAGGCUGGCUUUAACAGUAUUUGAGUCAAUGAUCACAGCAGGGGUUAAACCUGAUGAGAUUACCAUGGUUGGCGUGCUGUCAGCUUGCAGUCAUAAUGGCUUGACAGACAGGGGUACAGAAUAUUUUCAUUCAAUGGAUAAGGAUUAUGGAGUAAAACCAAAUUCAAAACAUUAUACUUGCAUGAUCGAUCUUCUUGGUAGAGCAGGUCGUCUGGAAGAAGCACAGAACUUAAUCAGAAACAUGCCUUUCGAGCCAGAUGUUGCAACAUGGGGAGCUCUAUUAGGUGCAAGCCGAAUUCAUGGCAAUAUGGAACUGAGUGAGAAGGCUGCUGAGAUGGUUUUCAAGAUGGAACCUAAUGACUCGGGAAUGUAUGUUCUUCUUUCAAAUUUAUAUGCAGCUUCAGGAAGAUGGGUCGAUGUUAGUAAAAUUAGAUUGAAAAUGAGGGAAGUUGGUGUUCAGAAAACACCAGGGUGUAGUUGGGUUGAGGUACAUAACAAUAUUCAUACUUUCACAGUUGGGGAUUGUUUUCACCCAGAGAAAAGUAGAAUAUAUGCCUUCUUGGAAGAGUUAGAUUUAAGAAUGAAACAAGAAGGGUAUGUUCCUUCAACAAAAUUGGUCUUGCAUGAUGUGGAAGAGGAGGAGAAGAAGCAUAUGCUAAAGUAUCACAGUGAAAAAUUAGCUGUAGCAUUUGGAAUUCUGACUAUACCGGCUGAUAGACCAAUACGUGUCAUGAAAAACUUGCGAGUGUGUGAAGACUGCCAUAAUGCCAUCAAACACAUAUCCAAGAUUGUUGGAAGGUUUAUAAUCGUAAGGGAUUCUCAUCGAUUUCACCACUUCAGUGAGGGUAUUUGUUCUUGUGGGGAUUAUUGGUGACAGUGUGAAAUAUGACAAAAAUUAACCUAAUUGCAAGUAUAAAUCG